ACGCCUUCAGUCCUCUCCUUCUCUCUCUCUCUCUCUCUCUAACUUUCUCUCUCAUCAUCUUUUAGAACUUCAAAAACUCCUUCAAUCUUCACUCUUUGAUCUCCCUCUCAGUCACUCAAAAACACACAUAGUGAUACUUUAUGGAAGUAGAAAUGGAUGUUGCAGGUGUUCACAAUCAUCAUCAUCAUCAACACCAGCAGGAGCUAUCUUCCCAAACAUUGGAGAGCAUGUUGCAAGUAUGCACAAAAGCCGAAGCCGACAAAAAACCGCGGCCACCAGAGGAAGCUUUGAAAUGCCCAAGAUGCGAUUCGGGCAACACGAAAUUCUGCUACUACAACAACUACAGCCUCACUCAGCCCAGAUACUUCUGCAAGUCAUGCAGAAGGUACUGGACCAAAGGCGGAACUCUAAGAAACGUUCCAGUGGGCGGAGGGUGCAGGAAGAAUAAAAGAUCAUCAUCCGCAACAUCAUCAUCCAACUCAUCACCAUGCUCUGCACCUUCAAAGAUCAGAGGACCACAAGACCACCACCUUGUUCAACAACAUCCACUAAGUUUCAUCACACCUAAUGGUUCAAACAAUUCAAACAAUCCUCUGCUUGCAGGUCUACCACAGUUACCAUAUGACUCAACUUGCACUGAUCUCUCACUUGCUUUUGCUAGGCUCCAAAGCCAAGCAAAUGGGUCCAUGGGUUAUGACCACUUUGACCAUCAUUUGGGCUUUCUUGAAAACGCAACCAACCCGAAUCGGUUUCAUCACAAUUUGUUGUACAAUGGGAAUAAUAAUCUUGGAAAUGGGGACAUGGGUAAUGUGGGAAACUUGAUGGGUUUGAACAAUGUUGAACAACCAUUGAACCACCACCACCACCACACUGUGUUCCAUAAUGAUCAACAAGAACAACAACAAGAACAAGAACAAGAGCUUAUUGGUAGUGUAGCAUCAACAGGUGUGUUAACCACACAAGUGAAGCAAGAAGCAUGCAACAUGAUGAGAUCAUAUGACACUGGAUUAUGGGGAUUUCCAUUGCAAAUGGGUGCUGGUGGUGCAGAUACAAGCAACAUGGUUCAUGAAGUUGGAGGGUGGAAUGGGAUUGGUUCAACAAAUUGGCAUGGGCUCAUAAAUAGCCCUCUCAUGUAGUACAAGAUCAUCAUCAUCAUCAUCAUCAAUAUCAUAUCAUUAUAUCAUCAUAUUAUCAUCAUAUUGUUAUCAUCAAUCAUCAUAUCAUGAUCAUGUUGUUGUUUAAUUAAUGUUAGUUCAGGAGAAUGUUACUUAUAAAAUAUUUUAGUUGGAUAGGGGGAUAGAUUUAUGUACUUGGUUUUAACUACAUUUGUUUGUUUGUUUGUUUAUGUGUGACAGUCAAGAGCCAGUUUUUGUUUCCUAAAUCAAGAACAAUGCCACUGCAAAUGUUAUAUUUU